AUGAAAAGUUGUUCUUCUAUAUUUUUUCUUUCCUAUUUUUCAUUUUGCUUCUCACAAAAGUCUAGACCCUGUCCAUCAUCGUUAACUUUGGAUAUAUCCAAUGCCGUUGAACUUCCAAAUAAUCGCGGUGUCUUCCAACAAGACAAUUCAAUUUAUAAUCAAAGUAAUUAUUAUAUGGAUGAUAGCGGAAGAAGAAUGGGAUGUUUAUGCAAUAUUAAGAAGUGUAUUCGAAAGUGUUGUGGUCGUGAUAUGUAUAUGAAUAAAACCAAAGGUGGCACAUAUAAAUGCAUUGAAAAAAAUGGAAAUUUUAGUAUAGAUUUCUUUACUGAUAAACAACCAAAUCAUAAACUGAAUUUAAAUAAUUUUUCGAUGAUUUUCGGUUACGACUGUCCCGUGGGUUUUAAUCGCAUACCGGUGCAUUCAAAUAAAACUAUUUUUAUGCAGGAAAAUGGCACUUUAUAUUAUGAUGAUGGGGACUUAUGGAAAGGACUAUACCAUUUGGAUCUUUACUGUGUUGACCUGUUAAAUUGUGAAAUUUUAGCAAUUUUAUGUGAACCUGAAGACGAACAAGCUGAAAUUCAAAGAACAGUUAAUGGAAUUGGUCUAUUUAUAUCGAUGCCUUUCUUAUUUAUAACAUUCUUAGUUUAUGCAAUAUUGCCUGAAAGGAACUUACAUCGACGAGGUUUAAUGUGUUAUGUUAUUUGUGCUCUUGCAGCGAAUAUUACUUUGUUAAUAAUACAAUCUUACCCAUACAAGUUUCCAGAGGUUUCCUGUCACCUUAUAGGUUAUCUAAUUAUAUUUUUCUUCCUGGCAUCAUUUUUCUGGUUAAAUGUAAUGUGUUUUGACAUGUGGUUAACUUUUAGUUCGUCAAUUGGAUUUUUAAGUAAGAAAACAGAAGAAAGAAAAAAAUUUAUAAUUUAUAGCGUUUAUGCAUGGGGAACGCCACUCUGCUUUGUGUUAAUAGUAUUAAUAAUAAAUACAUAUGCUAAGCAAACAGCCCAUUAUCAUCCACAAAUUGGAAUUUUAUGUUUUUUAAAAGAAGGAUGGCCAAAGUUUUAUUAUUUUUAUUUGCCAUUAACCAUUCUUGUCAGUCUUAAUAUUAUUUUGUUCAUUGCAACAUCAAUAAAAAUAUUCAAAAUAAAAAGAGCAACUAAAAUGUUAAAGAGGACAGACAGUAAAAUACACACUUAUGAAGAAGAACAAAAGUACAAAUUAUAUGUGAAAUUAAUAUUCGCAAUGGGUGUAAACUGGAUUAUGGAAAUAAUAUCCUGGGCUGUAGUAUGGAAGACUGAGCAAACGUACGCAGCAAUAUUUUACAUAACAGACUUUACAAAUGCCAUGUAUGGUUUUCUCAUAUUUUUAAUAUUCGUUUUUAAGAAGAAAAUAUGGCGUGGUUUACAGAAAAGAUAUUACGAAAUAAUUGGAAAAACAGAUAUUUCUCCAUUAACUUCAGAUAGAACCCGGACGAGUAAAUAUUCUACAAAUGCAAUUAUUAGUGCUGUAAAUUACGACCAGACUGUUAAUUCUUCUCCUAGAGCAUCAGAAGAAAUACGUCUUCAUAGGAAGUAA